AGUCUUGGCUCUUGUGUUCGGCGUUAAAAAAUUUCAUUACUACGUGUAUGCAAGGCAUUUUGUUUUGCUCACGGACCACAAGCCUUUGGCUACAAUUUUUGGUCCGAAGACUGGCAUACCAGCAAUUGCCGCCGCAAGACUACAACGAUGGGCAGUUGGUUUGUCGGCCUGUUCUUUUUCAUUGAAGUUCCGGCCUUCUACGCAGAACGCUGACGCAGAUUGCUUGUCUAGGCUGCCAAUAACACAGUCGAUGGUCGAAGAGCAGGAAGAAUCGUUUUAUGACCUACGCUUUGACACUAUGCCGAUCAACAGCAAUGAUAUUGCUCGUGAAACUUCACGUGAUGCCACUAUGCGUACUGUGACUCAUCAUAUCCUGUCAGGCUGGCCGCGUAGUGUACCGGACGAGAUCAAACCGUUCUUUCAUAGAAGACUAGAACUGUCCAUACAUCGAGGAUGCAUUAUGCUGGGAAUGCGCGUACUUGUUCCCGAAAAAUUUCGCACGUUCAUGUUGGACGAGUUGCAUCAAGGUCAUCCAGGUGUUGUUCGUACCAAAGAACUAGCAAGGAGCUACGUUUGGUGGCCUACUAUCGAUAGCGACAUAGAGCGUUUCACCGCGUCUUGCACCGAUUGCGCGUCUAAUCGCAAUCUGCCACCUAAAGCGCCCUUACAUCCUUGGGCAUGGCCUACGCGCCCUUGGCAACGGUUGCACGUCGAUUUCGCUGGCCCGAUAAAUGGAGUGACGUAUCUCGUGGUGGUUGAUGCACAUUCAAAAUGGCCGGAAGUGUUUCCAAUGCGGACAACCACCACUGAAGCAACCAUUUCAUGCCUACAUGAACUGUUUUGCAGAUUCGGAUUCCCCGAGACUUUAGUGUCCGACAACGGUACUCAGUUCACUUCUGCAGAUUUCCAGGAGUACCUGCAGCGAGUAGGGACCAGACACGUGAGAACAGCUCCGUAUCAUCCCAGCAGCAACGGUCUGGCAGAACGUUUCGUCCAGACGCUGAAGGGUGCACUUCGGAAGUCCAGCCGACCCACAUCACCGUCGGAGCUCGCAGACUUCCUCCUGUCGUACCGCAACACUCCGCAAGCGACUACCGCAGAGGCACCCUCUAUUUUGCUGUUGGGGAGGCGCCUCAGGACUAGGCUAGACCUCAUCAGGCCCUCCGUUGAGGAGCGGGUCGCCCGCAAACAGUUCCAGGACACCAGUCGCCGCAGGCACCGUGCAACUACCUUCAGCGAAGGAGACUUCGUGCGUGUCCGCAAUUUUCGCCGCGGACCAAGGUGGUUCAGUGCUACCGUUCUCGCCCGCACCGGCCCAGUGUCGUAUCGUGUUAGUGUUGUGACCCCCUGGGGUGUGUGUGAGUGGGUGCGUCAUCGCAACCACAUAGUACGCGCUCCUGACUCUGACGACACAGUGAUCACAGCCACCGACUUCCAAGAUGACGACGACGUCACUGCUGGCACAGGCACUAGCAGCAGCACCACCGAGUCUGUGGAACAGCCGUCGACACACAUGGAAGCCGCCGAGCAGGGUCGCCGCUACCCACUACCUCAGCGCAGACCUCCCGACCGCUACGGCACCUAAUCCUACUACGGGACAAUAAACAAGUGGG